CGCUGCCGGGACGCAGCCGCUCUGUGGGCACCCGGCGUCUGUGGCGUGGUGGGUGAGCGGUGGCGUGCAGCCAGGCCCGCCUCAGCCAUGGAUCCCCGCACGGCCGGCCGUGUGCUGUCACCGCUGCUGCUGCCGCUGCUAGUGCUGCUGCUGACCUCACCGGUCCACACUGAGUCCCCGGCCAAGUCUACCGGUGCAGCGACUCCAGCAGCGGACCCAGGAGCGGACCCGGCAGACCCAGCAGACCCGGUGGACCCGGUGGACCCAGCUCGCUGUCGGCUCUACGGUCCGGGUCUCCGACCCGACGAGGUGGUCCUGCCGGCGCGCUAUUUCAUCAUACAGACCGUCGACAGCGGCGGCAGCGAGCUGAGGACGUCACCGCGGGAGCAGUUCGAGGUGUCACUCACCGGCGAGUCGCCACGUGGCGCCUGCCACGUAAACAUGCAGGUGCUGGACCGGCACGACGGCGCGCUGAUCGUGCGCUACCGCGUGUUCGUCACGUGCCGCAACGCCGUGCUCCGGGUCCUCUAUAGAGGGCAGCACGUGGCCGACAGCCCCUACAAAGUGCCAGGUCCCGUGUACGCCGAGGAGUGUGACUGUCCGCUGGAGUCGCUGGACGACUGGCUGACGGCGGCCGCCUGUCCGGCCAGCUAUCGCCAAAUCGACCGCGACCUGGAGAAGUACCCGACGGUGGACUUCGACGGCGUGCUCUCGGCCGCCACGCAGAGGUUCUCACAUGCUGGCAGCCAGAGCUUCUGCAAUUACGCCGUCAAGGAUAACCAGGUGUACCGGCGCUGCUACGGCAAGUACGUGGGCUUCAACAUCUUCAUGGACGCGAUUUUGCUGUCGCUGGCGCGGAAGGCGCGCCUGCCGGACAUGGAGCUGCUGGUGAACCUGGGCGACUGGCCCCUGGUGAAGAGUGCGGAGCCGCCUUCGCUGCCCAUGUUCAGCUGGUGCGGCUCGACCGAGACGGACGACAUUGUGAUGCCAACUUACGAGCUGACCGAGGCUUCCGUCGAGUGCAUGGGAAGGGUCACGCUGGACAUGCUGUCUGUGCAAAGCCGCGAGCCGGUGCCCUGGCACCAGAAGCGGAACGCCAGCUUCUGGCGGGGUCGCGACUCGCGGCGCGAGCGACUGCGGCUGGUCGAGCUCGCGCGACAGCGGCCAGACCUCAUCGACGCCGCGCUCACCCACUUCUUCUUCUUCAAGGCCGAGGAGAAGGAGUACGGCCCCACCCAGCCGCGCGUCUCGUUCUUCGAGUUCUUCCAGACCCGUUUCAAACUCAAGGUCAUUGGUGUUCAGGCGGCCAGAAACAGGGAGAUUUCUCGUAUUUUGACACUGAGAUAG